CUACAUUCUUCUGGAUCGUAGACUAACUCUACCUGAACAAAGUCCUGCCGCCAAUCAUGGCCUCCAGUAUUUCAAUGAAAAGCUACUCUAUUGGCCGUCAGCCCUCCUUUUCCAGCCGUUCGCUGAUGGACACCGGCCGUGCUCGCUCUCGGGCUUCUGUGUCUUUCGCUGUAGCGAGCCCGCUCACCCGUUCAGCUUCCAUCAGCCAGGAUCUCAACGGGCCAGCAAGCCUUCAAAUUAAUGGACUCCAUGGCAACAGCACCAAUGAGAAGGAAGCUAUGCAGAGUCUCAACAACCGUCUGGCCAACUACCUGGACAAGGUGCGUUCACUGGAGCGCUCCAACGCUGAUCUGGAAAUGAAAAUUAAGCAGCUGAUGCUCGAACGCAUUCCCAAAGGUCAUGACCUCGAUUCCAUGAUGGCCCAAGCUCAUGCUGUUGAGCAAGAGGUGAGGAAGAAGACCUUGGAAAAUGCUCGUCUCAUGCUAGAGAUCGAUAAUGCUAAACUGGCUGCCGAUGACUUCAGAAUCAAAUGGGAGACUGAAAUGGUGAUGUGUCAGUCUGUGGAGCGAGACUGUAUUGCCCUGAAAAAGGCCAAGACCGAUCACGAGCAGAUCAUCGCCUCUUUGAGGGGAGAUUUGGACAGCCUGAAAGAGGAACUUUACUUCCUCAAGAAAAACCAUGAAGAGGAACUCGAGCAGAUGAAGUCUCGUAUUGCCAGAGAUGAGGUGAACGUGGAGGUGGACUCUGCCACCGGGCCCGAGCUGGGCACCAUUCUGUUCGAGCUGCGUUCCCAAUAUGAGGGCAUUGUGAAGAGGAACAAGGAACAGGCGGAGCAGUGGUAUCGCAAGAAGCUGGAGACGAUGCAGAAUGAGGUGAAGGAGAGCAACGAGGCUCUGAGGGGAGCUCAGGGAGAGCUGACCGAGAGGCAGCGCUUCCUGCAGACCCUGGAGGUGGAGCUGGAGAGUCUGCACAAACAGAUAGCAGCUCUGGAGGGAAACCUCGGUGAGACGGGUCAAAAGUAUUUUGCUGAGAUGGAGCGGCUGCAGGUCACCCUGAACCAGCUGGAGGAGGACCUCUCUCAGCUCAGGCUGGACAUGCAGCGCACCAAGACCGACUACGAGCAGCUUCUUCGCAUCAAGCAAAACCUGGAGAUGGAGAUCGCCACCUACAGACGCCUGCUGGAGGGAGAGGACUCAGUCAAAGAAGUCCCUCCUCCACCAAAAAAGGAGCCCGAAGUCCGCACCAGAAAGAUCGUGAAGGUGGUGACUCAGACCAUGGUCAACGGCAAGGUGGUGGACGAGUCCAGCGAAGUGGAGCAGAUUGAGGAGUCGAAGAAAUAGAACAAGCAAAGAGCCAGCUGAAAUUUUAAA